GUUUGAAGAUUGCAAGUAGCCUUUCUUUUGUACGUCGGCCCGCUGGAGUAUGAAGCUUCACCUCUCGGAAUAUAAAUUGUAAUUCUUCAGAGACUUUGGCUUCAUAAAGCUCAUUUGUUCUGCUGCUGCUGCAGAGUAUUGAGCUGUGUUAGCACAGGACACGGAGGUGAAGGGAGAUUCUAUGGCAGAGCACAUGAUGAUGCCCAUGAACCACGGUCAGGGAAACGGGGGUCUGCAUGGCUACCGGAUGGGCAUGAACGGAGGCCCCCAGCAGCAUGUGCCCCAGCCCGGCCUCAGAGCAAUGCCCAAUGGACAGAUGAUGCACUAUGGCGUAGGGCCCCAGGGAAACAUGGAGGCCAUGCGCCAGCGACCCAACAUGGUGGGUCCAAUGAAUGGGCAAAUAAAUGGACAAAUGGGUCACCACCAAAUGCCAUCUGCUAACAUGAUGUACAACAACCAGGGUCAGCCACAACAACAUCACGUUCAGCAACACCAACAGCACCACCACAUGCACCAAGCACAACAGCAGCAACCUCCACCCCAGCAACAGUACAUGAGCGGUGGUCUCACGUCUCAGCAGCUUAUGGCCAGCAUGCACCUUCAGAAACUCAACACCCAGUAUCACGGACACCCGCUGGGACACCUGAAUAGCAACCACAUGGGAAACGGGGCGCAGUUCCGCAUGAACCAGGCGCAGUUGUCCAACAUGCAGCAUAUGGCAGGACCUGCUCUAAGUCUGAAUGGCAUGGAUGCCGAUUUGGUCGACGAAGAUGUUUUAACUGCACUGGUCAUGGAGCUAGGACUGGACAGGGUGCAGGAACUUCCUGAACUCUUCCUGGGACAGAAUGAGUUUGACUUUAUCUCGGACUUUGUGAGCAAACAGCAGCCAAGCACUGUUAGCUGCUGAGACUGGAACACAUGAACACUUUGGAGGUGAAAUGUGCAACAAGAUCGUGAAGUUAUUUUCUUGUGGUAUAUUUUUGUGAAGGCUGUCACCAAGAGAAGAGGUGAUCGGUGAAAUUUUUAUCCACAGUAAAGGGUCAUCAAUCUCCUGACAGGACUACGUGGAUGAAUGUAACAACAUUUCAGAACUGGGAACAUGGGGCAACGUAUAGAUGCUGAACCCCUAUUUGUCUUCAAUGCAGUUUUACAUUUUAAAUAUUUAUUUAUUGCUUUAUCAGAUGUAGUAACGUAGAACAAACUUGCAGCAACAAAAUCUUUUAAAUAAAACCUGUGGGCAAGUUCUGUUUUUGACUGGGAUUACUAAAUGUCUUGGUGUUCUGGAUGCUGAUGCUUUAGACCCAGAGUUUAAGUCCAUCCAACUGCUGUAUGGCCCAAAACCAAGUCUGUUUUGUUGGAUGGCAUUUACCAAGUUCUAGUAUCCCAAUGGCUGCUUGCAUACUAUAGUGGUUAAUGCCUGUGUCUUUACAACUGGUCUGUCUAAGCUUUAGAAUUGCCUUAAAUCGAGUCGUUUUUAUUUAUUCAACACAAAACCAGUCCAAGAGGGCUCAAAUCUGUGUGACUUGUUAAUAAAGAUGGUCAGGUUUUAACUCUGGCCUAAUUUUUCAUCAAUCUCUGAUUUUAUUUCUGGAAAGAGGGGGGCAUCCUGAUCUCAUUGAAAGUAUGUGACCCUGGUGACAUUUGUCCACGAUCUGGUGCUAAAAGCAAGUUAAAUAUGCUCCCAAACGGAUUAGGUUAAGGUAAAUGUUUUGGUGAGUUUUAAAUGGACAAAACUGACCUACCUAAACGAUAGUGUCAUAAAGCAAAUGUUAGUUGAAAAAUGCAACCAUGUUAGUCUGUGGAGCUUCUAUGCCAUUUCAGGCUGUUGACUUGAAUGCUCUUUGUGACUUGUACCCCAAUCCUUUGCAUCGCAACUGCAAAGCUCUGUCAGUUGAGCUACCGCGCAAUUCGAUCAUGCUUGUAAAUGUAGCUGGUUAUAAACCACAAAUGUUAAUGUACUGCAAGUCAUGCACUAUAGUAAAACUGUUUAGAUGCAUUGUGUAAAGAACUGGUCAAAGACUUUAUGAACUGAAUCUUCUGUUUUACUGGUGAUUUUGUGAAGAGUAACCGUUAGCACCUCUAGUCUUCAUUUCAUCAGGUAACCGUAGCAACACAUACAAUGAGCCAUGUAAAAUAACUGCAAAAACAUUGGUGUAAUGUUAUUCUGUGAUGCAAGGUUGGAAAAAGGGGUGUGUAUGAUUUUGAACUAGAAUACAAUCUACUACAUUAAUCUGUUAAAUGCAAGAGAAAAGUAACAUUCAAUAUUUCUUCUAAUAUUAGCAAUUACGAAUUGACAUAUAUAGGAGUAUGUACAGACUUUCCCCAUUGUAAGUACCAUCAAAUAUUUACCAUUAACUUGUGUUAAAAAUUAAAUGCAGAAAACUGGACUCCCAAGAAACCAAGUUCUAAGAAUCUUUUGAAAUUACACCGCAGGUUCCACAAACGUUUUAUGCUCCAUUGAACUACAGUCUGCUAUUUGGUUCUUUUUGUUGUUUCCAGUUUGGGUUGCAUUUAAUUGGGUGUUAACUGCAAAUAAAUGUCACCCUUCUUGCACACAUAAAAUGCACAUCUUUUACAUAAGAAAUAUGUUUUUACAGGGGAGGUCAUGGAAACUGUCCAGGUUAAUCUGUGCUUACCUUGAUGUUACAAGGGUUUACAAGAACUCCUGGACUUGCAUUUGUUUUGUCCUGGAAACUGAGGGCAAAGUUUUGUCCGUUUACGGACAUGCUGUUGUGAGGGGGGUUCUUGGCUAGGGGGAAGGGUGAAGAUUGCAACGAGAAGCCGUUAACGCUCCACUGUCACUUCCUGUUCCUUCUCAGCGGAGGAAGGGCUCAAAAGAAGUCAAUUGAGGUUAACCAGUAACACUCUUCCAGUAUUUAAGUGCUAUCUGAUCCCAGUGCUCUCGAAAUAAUCAAAAUAAAAUCUAAUUAUUAUAUAUAGUUCUAUCUGUAAAUACAAGAGGGUGUUGGCACCAACUGUGUAUUUUUCAAAACCAACCAUAUUUUUAGUCUUUGAUUUUGUUCUUGAGUUGGCACUGCUGUCCUUACAACAAUUGGGAGAUUUUGGUAUUCCAUCCAGGGUUCCCAUGGUCAUGGAAAAUCUUAGAAAUACCUGGAAGUAUCUUCCUGGAGGAUUUUAGAAUUGUGAUUUCCACAGCCUGGAAAUGGUCAUGAAAAUUGGUCUUAAAAUGUCAUUAUAAUUUCUGUAUCGCAUGUCAAUAUUUCUAGUUUUGCUUUACGCAAAGGAUAAUGUACACUCAGUCAGUUGUUAUCACAAAAUAAACUCAAAAAAGGGUGUUCAGGACCCCGUCGUGAAGCGGAGGGAUCUAGUAUCACCCUGAAGGGGUUUAUUUUGUGAUAACAACUGACUACUGUACAUUAUCCCACUUAUUACACAGCUGCUAACCAUAUAAAUAAAUAAAUGGACAUUAAAAAAUAGAACACAUAUUUGCAUUGAAAUUAUGUAUUUGAGAAGUAAUAAAUUGCUGAACAGCUCAAUUCCAUCUUCGGUGUUGAGUUGGUGUUUUUGUAAUAAUGACCAUAUGACUCCUUAUUAUGCAUCUUAUUACAAGACUACUUGCCUAAAUGGACAUGAAACACUGAUCUGAGUUCAAAUUAUUUUAUAAGCUUACUUGGAGAAAUUGUACAGUGAUCCGAGAAGUAGUGAAGAUAGCUCGCAAUGCCCAGAUGAGUGGAUGUGCAGUUGUUACUCAGAGGUUUUACACCACAACAGAGGUUUUUAGAUGGCGCCAUUGACCAAUCAGAAUAGAGUAUUCCAGAGAGCUGUGUAAUAAUAAAAAUGUUUGCAUUGGCUUCAUAAGAGUAAAACUUGCCUACAAGCCAGCAUAAUAACAUUGGUCUGUCUGUUGGGGGUCUUUUUGAAGAUGUUUGCACACUAAUAUGUAUAA